AUGAAAACCGAGCUACUGUUAAUUUUAAUAUACCAAAUAACAUUAUGCUCAGCAGAUCUAUGGAAAUUUCUUAAAGACAAAAAAGAUAUUGAAUCUGUUAAAUUACUCUUAAACGCCACGGCUGAUUUAGUCCUCGACACAGAUGUUAAAAUUGAGAAGCUUGAAUAUAUAAGGCAGGACAAUCUUCGAUCAGCACCGUUCGAAACUGGCUACAUUAUGUAUACAAUCCAAGAAGAAUAUAGAAAGAUGGUUGAUAAGUACAACUUUACUAUAACUUUGGGGGUUAGACUGUAUCUGCAUGAGAUAACGUUGCAUUUACUUGAGAUUGAACGACAUUAUUGGCAGAUUGAGCAUUACUCCAACAUGCUGCAUGAGAUUGAAAGGAAAUAUGCAGUUACACCAACUACAACAAAGGGAGAUCCAAACUUGAAUAGAACAACAACGAAACGUACUAAAACAACAUCAAAAACAGAUGCGACUUCUACAAAACCGCGUGGAGAUAAACCUUUCUUUUCUAUUGCAACGCGAGAGAAGAGGACGAAACGAAGGAAACCGAAAGGAUUGAAUCAAUUGCAGAAAAUUAUAUACGACAUGCACUCGACUAAGAGGAGAACGACGAGAUGGUGGUGGCCCAUAGAGUAUGGAUGGGAAAUAGAUUAUGAAUGGUAACAUCGUAGGUAUCAAUAAAGACGCCAUCGCUUUUGGGUAGAUUAUAGAUGUUUAUUUUGAGAAAAUGUUCAUUGUCAUGUAUGCUAAUAAAUAAAAAAUAUAAAUAUAUUCUUACAACUACAAUGACAAAUGGCAAGAAUGAUGAUGACAAAGACG